AUGUUCCCCAAGGGUCGCCUCCUGAGUCAAAUUAAGAAAUUUAUGAUGAAGGAAGCUCACUUGAGGGAAUGCUCACUGCGUGAGCAGCCCUGGAUGGUUCUUGGUCACAACGGGGUUACUGAAGUUGAGCUCGACCCUGACGCGCCGGCAGAGAUAGCUGCUGAGUAUGAGUACCUCCUGACUUUAAUCAGACGCGUAUCAAUGCUCGAAAUUCUAAGCAGCCGCAGAACGUCGUAUAGGCGGACCCUGCAGCAGAGAGCUCAGGGAUGUGCAAUGCGCAUUCGUAAAAUUAUGAGUAGGGCAGGCGCCUCGGGUGUCACCGUCUUUGACUGGGACGAUACGCUCUUUCCAACCUUCGUUAUUUGCUCGCGAUCGGCAGAGAUGACGAUGGAGCUCUGGAACGAGUUGCAAGAGCUGGCUCGAGUUGUGGAAGAAUUACUCAAAUGCUGUCUCCAAGUGGGGACAGUCGUCAUCGUGACCAACUCUGAGGAGGGAUGGGUGGAGUAUAGCGCCCACACCUACUUUCCCUCUCUGACUAAGGUCCUGCGACAGUGUCGCAUUAUAUCAGCCAGGACUACGUAUGAGAAGCAGUACCCCGAGGAUCAAUAUGCGGACACUUCAUCGUUGUGGAAAUUACUCGCUUUCGCUCUUUUGUGGAUCGAGUUCAAACCCUCUCAGUUGAUCUCGAUAGGAGACUCUGUGAAAGAACGGCAAGCGUGCUUGAAAGCGGCCGCUGCCUCCACAUACCAUUGCCUUCCCAAAAGCGUCAAAUUGGUUAGCGCUCCAAGUUGUAAAACUCUCAUUCGAGAACUCACGAUUCUUCGAGAGGCCUUUCAAGACUUAUUCAUGUUCAAUAGCCCAGUAGACGUUUCCUUCGAUGGAGAGCACUGGCAGUUGCAAAGCGAUUAUUCUGGUGCUUUGUGAAGAGCAAUCUUCAUAGUCUACGUUCGUUGUUGCUGUUCGGUCAUUUAUCAAUAACAGUAAUGACUUAUACAGAAGUAGCAAUUAUUGUACUUAUUAUAAUCUAUGUAACAAAUUUCGAUAUUCAGAAAAAUGAAAGUCGUUGUCGUCCCGCUGUGUCCGUUGUGACUAGCGAUACCACCUUUAGUUCCCAUCAUGGAUCGGGCGGCAAUCUGUGCCCCCUCUUCGUUUGGUAAACAUUGCCGCAUUGUGCUCGUAUAGCAGAGAGCUCAAUAGCAGCAACGGCUUUUAUUGAGCCGGUCCGACCGUGCAAACUAGUCGUAUCGUUGUUCUAUUUGAUUUUUUACUAGUCUGAAAUACCACAUUCUGCUGCCGAAUUCUCUCCAUUCAGUCGCCGUCUUCCUUUACUUGAUUAUACGCAGAAUUCCAUCGUCGAACUCAUUGGUGCAGCGAGCGCUGCUACAGUGGUUCGUCGUUGCAGUCCGAUGCUGAGCAUUAUGACUACCAUCUGUCUAUACACAGCAGCGUUGCCUACUGUAUCAGUUGCAGUAGUAUUCUACUCCUAGUAUGGCUAGUUACGGAAAUUCUUGAUUCACUAAUUUUUAAGAGUGACGUCAAGUUUCAUAU